AUGCUCGGCUCGUGGUGCACGCUCUACGAGGUGAAGCGAAACCAUCGGCCGUGUUUGCGAGGCAUUCGUCCGCCAGGACGGGGGGUCAGUCACACCGGCAGCGGUGGUAGUAUCUUAUUCAAGCGUGACCUCGUCAACAACCGACCGUCGGUCAUCUGGCCGCACGCGACGUUUCUCUAUAGCUCUCGUCGUCGCUCUUGUGCUCACAACCAGGACACCGCGACCGGUUUCGCAACUCCUGGUCCUCCUCUCUCCUCAGUGUCAUCGGUCGUCGUCAUAGAACUUCAUCAGCCUUCCCUGAUGUCGGGCCCUCCGUUUGUCCACACUGGUGAGUGCGUGUCGAGGUCCUACGCCAACAGUGCGUCCAAGAUCGAUACCGACUGA